ACAGUUUUUUUGGCAGAUUAUAAAAAAAAAGUUUGGCCUCUUGGCUCUUGUUAUGCCAAAAUAUCUUUCAUCAUCUUCUGUUUCCUCUCAUCUUCCAUGGCUUUGAAAUUCUCUCAAAUUCUCUUUAUAGUUCUCUGGCUCUCAUUCUUCUUUCUCCUCCUCCACUACUUGUAUUCCUUCAACCUCCACCAUCUUUACUCUCCUAAUGCGGAUGAGCCGUCGAUGCCGAAGCACCAGGACCGCAGUCCCUACACCACUAGAUUAGUCAGCAGAAAAGCUCUCUCCCAUAGAUUUGACUUCACUCCUUUCCAUCCCCGAGAGAACAACCACCAUCAUCGUCCUUCCGGCGAGAAAGACGACGGCGAUGAGAUCGAUCCCCGUUAUGGAGUGGAGAAACGCCGAGUUCCCUCCGGACCCAAUCCGUUGCACCAUUGAUGAAUGACGAUUACACGUGCUUGAUUAGAGUUGUAACAUUCAAACCAAAGCCUGAUCAGACUACCUAGUUUUUUUUUUGUCUUAAAGGAGGAUAUUAAAGAUUUAGAUCUUUUUGUUUGUUUUCUUUAAUAGGUUUUUCAUAGUUUUGGUCUUGAUACAUUUUUUUAUCAUGUGUACACAAGUAUAUCUUAGCUUUACU